UUCUCAUCUCGAGAGCAGGGAGAGUUCUUAAUGGCAACUAAGGUUCAUUUCACCUGUGGGAGGUAACGUUGCUAAUCGUUAUUGAUAACGUCGAGGCUACACCGACAAGUUUUGCCCAUCGAAGACAAUUUUCUCAGCGAUUCGAGAACGAUAAAAUAGCAAUCAUAAAUCUUAGUUAAGAAGGCUUAGGACCUUCUUUUUGGAUUGCGAAUACUUUCAAGGUUACUACCAAGGUUAAACAGAAGUGCCUUGAUUGUUAGAAACCAUGGAAGUUUCCAAAUUAGCAGUCGUUGUGGCGCUCUCCGUCAUGCACGCGCAUGCCCAGUUGAGCCCCGCGGCUGAUGAUAUCAUAGACAUGACGUACCUCGUGUCUCCAGAUUCACUGUAUUGGCCAGGACUGCCUGGGUUAAAGUUCACUCGGGUUUCAAGAGGGCCAGUUAAUUUCGGAUCUGGGUGGUACGAAGACAAUGAUAUAUGUGGACAAGAACACCAAUGUACCCACAUGGACGCGCCUGCGCAUUACAGCAAAGGCAAAUGGCGAGUGCAUCAGAUUCCACCUCACAGGUUCUUUGGCCCUGCAGUUCGCAUUGAUAUUUCUUCUCAAACAGCCCAGAAUAAUGAAUACAACCUGCAAGUAGAGGACGUGCAAAAGUGGGAAAAGGAAAACGGCCCCAUUCCUGACAACUCUAUACUGUUUAUCUACACCGGUUGGGGAAAGCACCAUGAUAAUCGCACGGCGUACUAUGGUUACGAGGGCACCGACAGCUGGUUGGACGCCAAUGGAAACCCGCUGCCGCAUUUUCCCGCUCUUUCCGAAGAUGCCGCCAUUUGGAUUUCCUCAAACAGAAAGAUUUGGGGAGUGGCCACAGACGGGCCCUCAAUAGGCCCCAGUAAAACUAUGAUGGCCCACGUUCCUCUCUUCAAAAAGAACAUUUUUAUCCUCGAAAGCGUCGCAAAUUUAGAUAAGUUAGCAACAACGGGGGACACCGUCGCAGCACUUCCGCUUAAUAUCAAAGACGGUGGUGGUGCCCCCUUGCGGCUUAUGGCAUUUAAAAAAGCUCGGAUCAGACCGGGAGCCGAUGACGUCAUUGACCUGUCCUACCCUCUGUCUAAUGACACGGUUAUGUGGCCAGGAAGGACACCUUUUCGGUUGUUUUUCCUUGUCCACGGAUUAACCCUUAUUGGUAACAAUACAAUAUGGAUUGAAACGAACAGCUUUUGUGGAUCAGAACAUGCAGGGACACAUCUUGACGCGCCUGCGCACUUCAUUAAAGGUUCAUGGCGAACCCAUGAUAUUCCUGCGCACACUCUCAUCGGUCCCGCCGUCAGAGUGGACAUGUCCAAAAAAGCUGAAAAUAACUCGGACGCUGUCCUUACCGUCCAGGACUUGGAAGACUGGGAGAAGAAAAAUGGCCGAAUACCUGACAACGCCAUGGUGUUUCUUCACACUGGCUGGGGGAAAUUUGUCAACGAUUUCGAAAAAUACCUCGGCUCUAAGAACCGGUCACAUCGCGUAAAUGAUAAGGGGGAGUCCUUUUUGCACUUCCCUGGCUUCUCAGGAGAGGCAGCAGAUUGGUUAGUGAACAACCGAAAAUUCAUCGGUGUGGGAAUUGACACCGCCAGCAUCGACGCGGGUCAAACGACGUCAUUUCCAUCGCACGUGGCCUUUCUUGGCGCGAAGAAACUCGUGUUACAGAAUGUAGCCAAUCUUGACAAGUUGCCGAAUACCGGAACGACGGCCUUUGUGUUUCACAUGCUGCACAAGGACGGAAGUGGGGCUCCUACCAGAGUAGUUGCCGUUAAAAACAGCGCCAUCUCUGCUGGCCAGGUUUCCAGCGGUGUUGAUGUUAGGCCCAAACUGGCCGCCAUGAUGAUGUCCAUUGUCUUGAUUUUGAUCAGUUGCCCCUCAUGUGCGACAUACGCCUGAUUCAGGUGUUAUGACUUCUUUAUGUCAAUUAGUUCUCUGUGCAAAAUUAAAAGCAAGCCAAUUCAAUGCAAUUCGUCCUAUUUAUUCAAGAUUUAAAUACAAAGUUUAUCAAUAAAAUUGUUACCCUCACGCUGAACACACUUGGACACUCACUAGGAUAUUAACGACAGUUUUCAUGGGGGUUAGGCCUAGUUUCUUUAUUUACUACACUUACAUGUUCAACCACGGUGGAGAAAAAUAAUUUUUGAAACAAAACGUGGUAUUCCUUAUUCGGUUGAAAUAAAAGGAUG